AUGCUGGGGAAGAGAAAGAGAGAAGUCGCAGUGGUAGCCCGGCCACGCUAUGGCAACUCAGAAGACGAACGACCCUCCUCAUCGCGAGACGAUGUGGGCGCAGAUAUCUUUCGCAAAUACUUCGAGUCCGCUUUCGAACCGUUACCCGAGCAAGAUACAACUGCCACCCCUUCGCUACUCGAAGACGAAGAAGCGGACGAGGACGAGGACGAGGACUCAGAUGUGCCGGAGGAAGAUUUGGCAUGGGAGGGUCUUUCAGAUGCAGGAGAAGAGACUGCUUCAGUCGAAGUCAUUGAACACCGUGCGCUGGUCGAUGUUGGGGAUGGCGUUGAUAUUCUGCGGCCUCAAUACAAGACAUUCAUGAGCGCAAAGCCGCCCAAAGAGGUGCAACAAAGGGCGAUUAAGAAAUCCGGCACAGGAGAAGACGAGGACGAUUCAUCUGAGGCACUGAAUUUGAAACACGACCUGGACCUUCAACGGCUCUUGAAUGAAUCUCAUCUGCUGGAGCAGGCAAAAUCAGCAUCAACGCCCGGAUCACACCGGCAUAAGGCAUUGGACAUGCGCAUGCAAUCGCUCGGCUCGAAAGACUCCCUGUUUCAUCAAGAAAAGAUGCCGUUGUCGCACAGGAAGGGGAUCCUUGCGAAAGCAACCAGUCGGGAUGCCAUGCGAAGAAAGGAGGCGAAGGAGAAUGGCAUCGUCCUGGAGAAGCCAUCGGGAAAAGUCAGGUCUGCCACUCGCAGGGAACGCGGCGUCGAUGCCCCUGCCGUGGGGAAGUUCCGAGGUGGCACUUUGAAACUCAGCAAGAAAGAUGUCCUCGAUAUACAAGGUUCAGGUCGUUCUCGAGGUGGUGGCAAGAAAGGCCGACGGUAA